AUGACCGAUACCCUCAAGACAGAAUACCAGCUUUGUGAAGAGAUCGGCCGUGGUAGAUUUGGAAUCGUCUACCGCUGCUUCUCUCCCCUGACCGCCGGCGACUCCUACGCCUGCAAGGGGAAGCUUAAGCUGGCUGAUUUUGGGUCGGCGGAGUGGUUUGGGCUGAACGAGAACAGGACCAUGGAAGGGAUUGUUGGGACGCCGUAUUAUGUGGCCCCUGAAGUGUUGAGGGGAAGGGAUUACAAUGAGAAGGUUGAUGUAUGGAGUGCUGGUGUGAUUUUGUACAUUAUGCUUUCUGGGGUUCCUCCCUUUUAUGGGGAUACCCCAUCUGAGACUUUUGAGGCCGUCCUGAGGGGGAAUUUGAGGUUUCCCCCAAAAUUGUUCCGCUCUGUUUCCCCUGAGGCUAAAGAUUUGUGCAGGAAGAUGUUAUGCAAGGAUGCUUAUCGCAGAUUUUCUGCUGAUCAAGUUCUGAGGCACCCAUGGGUUAUCAAUGGAGGAGAGACCGGAUCAAUAGAUCUAACCUAA